AUGCAACUGUAUAUCGAUACUCACUGGGGACCUAACGCACAACUACUCGGUCAAUUUCGACAAUUCUAUGUUAUCAGGUGUGCUAAUACCCUGUUCCGUCGUGCUAUCCUAUACAAUGGUCCAUAUGCUAUUGAUGGCGCAUUGCUUUUGGUUCGGCGAUGGGUUCCUUACAUGCCCCUUCCCACCAUCUAUGUAACGCGUGCCCUCGUGUGGGUUCGACUUUAUGGAUUACCUCCAGAAUGCUUCAACGUGGUGGCUGGCUACCGGACAGCAUCCUUAGUUGGUCACGUGGCAGAAUUACAACCAGGUUUCCGCCGGAAUCAACGCCUGGAUUUUUUGCGUGCCCGUGUGUGGGUAGAUCUCCGAGAGCCUCUCCUGCCAGGAUUCUACCUGCAACUUUUCAAUGGUAGGAUGGUUUGGAUACAGUGUCGUUAUGAGCGUAUCUAUAAGAUAUGCCGUAGAUGCGGUCUUGUGGGCCAUCCUCUCAUGCGUUGUCCUCACCAGAACGAAGACAUCCUAGAACGCCGCCAUGAGCUUCAAUUUCAACGUGUAGCAAGGUUGCAUAAUUUGGCCCUCUAUCACGGAGAAGUGGAGGACCUAUUUCCAGCCUAUAUGCGUGCCUAUGCACACCAACAUAAUCGCAGGUCAACGUUUAUUCCGGAAAAUUAUGUGGCCGAUCAUUUGGAUUUUCUAAGAGGGGCAGGAGAUGAUGUUUUUGCAGAAGGUUUUGAGUUUGAGUUAUGGGAAGAGCGGGAUGCCUUCCCAGCCUCGCCGCAUCCUUUGCAGGUUUAUCCUCCUCACAGGCCUCCUCAAGAACCAGGGGAAUGGCACAUACACCCCGAAGACAGUCCCCCACCACUUUCUUCUUCUUCGGAAAACAGAGACAGUAGCCCUAUUGACGAUGCUUGUGCUAUCAUCCCUCAUCCCCUAGCCACGGAUGCGAUUCAGGUGCCCAUCGAAGGAACGUCACCAUCAGAUCGAACGCAAUGGGCGGGCUCUGCUACUGGCACAUCAACAUCUGAUGGGCCUACCCUGGAGCAUCCUGCUGGUCCUCACUUGGGCCCGUCACAGGGAAUGCCUUGGUAUGAGGAAGCUACUGACAUAGGAUUAAUAUCAUCUGCCAAAUUGGCCCACUCCCAAACCAGGCCUAAUCCAAUGCAACAAACCCAUCUUUCAGCUGAUACUUUGGAUCCAGGCCCUUCUUCGAAUUUAGCUAGGGAGGAUCCAAUUCCCAUGGAUAUCUCCCUUCCUGACCCGCCCAUUCCCAAACCCAUAUCUCCAACAACGAAUGUAUUACUUGAACAAUUAACACUGUACCCGGUUGCCUCCUCUAACACCACUGUACGUCUUCCCUCUCCGAAUGAAGAUGCUCUCUGGAUACCAGAUCCCCUCUCUGAUUCCUCUCCAACCCCCUAUCAAAGCGCUGCCUUUUCUUCCUCCCGUGAUGAAUCUAACUCAUCAGCCUCGCAGGAAACCUCCUUCCCCACUCCAAUCCGCCAUCUCCACUGCGAGAUUCGUAGGGGAAAAUGCCCUUGUUCUGUUCCGUCCAGACUCAGAAGGAAGAAAUCCAAAUCCUCCUCUAUCACUUGUGGCCAACAGCCAGCAGUAGGCUUUACCAUCUUUGAGAAUCGAACGAAUUUCGAUCUUUCUUCAUGCUCUCUGGCGGCGGGUGCAAAACGCUCUUCCCCGGAUCCCGAUUAG